AUGAUUAGUCGUAUAAAUUACGGUCCACGGCUGGAAUGCUUCUCAGUAUCGUGUCUUCAUGAAGUAAAACAUCAACGCGACGACGACCGUCACUUUGAACAGGAGAACUGUGCGCAAUCCUCGUAUGGAAACACACUGAUCAGCGAAAGUGGUGGAUCUAGAAGUGAUUUCGAGGAGAGCGACCAAAACAAAAGUACAACGGAGGAAUAUAUGAGUACAUUGAGAUCGGAAGCUCCUAGAGAAGUCCGAAUGCUACGACCGUUAUACGCACAAGUUAGUCACGCAACGGAGUUAGCAGCUCUUUUGUCUCGAUCGCGUAUGAAUUUGGUAAGCAUGAUCGUGGAUGCACACUCUCUGCUCGAUUCAAUUGACGAGAUGAUGAAGCUGACCAAAGAGGAAAUAAUGACAACGCUCAAAACUAUCGAGAACCGUAUCAUAUCGGAGGAUAACCAUAAUACAGAUCAUAUGACAAAUGUUUAUGAAACUCUACAACCGGUGCUUCAAAAAUAUGCAGCUCUACGAGAACUUCGUGCAAGUUUCACACCUAUUAUGAAAAAGGUGCCGAGAAAUGAUACGACUACAAAUUGCCUCAGAACCAACGUUAAAACUGUCAAACAGAUUACAUCAAAGCUGAAUGACCUCGAUGUGCUUCGUAGCAGCCUAGAAAAACAUACUAGAUUGGAUAAAACAGCAGUGGAAAUGAGUGUUUUAGUUGCUGAGAUAGUGACAGCAUUAUCUUUACUUCGCAACUCGUUCGACACAAUUGACAAAUUUCUCUGUCGGUCCGAGGAAUGGCAGAACUUGAGAUCAACGAUGGACCUUCAGACACAUGGAAUUGAGAAGUUUUUCGUGGAUCAGUGCCCGCCACAAUCUCUAAGCGACUACCUCAAAAGAAACUGUCCAACGAGCUCCAUUUCACCGGCUUUCACCAUCUCGAGUAGAAGUUUGAAGAACACUUCUACAGAUCUGCGUUCUAAUUCCAAUGACAUACGGUUAGAGCCAUGGACGUCAGCCAGUGCACUGACAACAAUAAGAACAAGUUGUGUGAGUUCGUCCGAGGUACUUAGUGCAAAGAUCACCUCUGAUAUCAUGCGGAGCUACGAAGCGAGGGACAGUGAUAGUGGAGAAGUUUUCGUGGACAACGCUCUUGACAAAAACCUGCAACUCCGCUCCCGGUCUUUGAAAAGAAGCGAAAUUGGAGAUUCCAAUGCUGAAACGCUCAGUGACUAUUCUUCUUUUGAAGAAGCGGAACUUCUUCCAACAAAUCCAGUAAUACUCGAGAACAAUGUUCAUAGCGGAGAAGGGAUCCCCAAAUUAUCCAAUUCUUCUGAAGAUGUACAUACGGCUAUAGAAUGUGAGCAUCCGAGAACUAAAAGCCACGGCUAUGUUUCUGCUACAGUUCAGUCCAUUAAUACUACUUUGGAUGAAUUCUUAGAUGUUUUAUUAAACACUGCUGUUGCUCGCACUCCGUUUUCAAGUGAAUUUCUUAGCGAUUGUGAAGAUUCUCAAAUCACAUCCGAGGCAGCAUAG